AUGCCGCCCUCGCAACUCAAACGGCUCAAAGCCUCGCUGCGCGACCAGGGCCUCACCGGCCCGCAGAAAUCCAAAAAAGAGAAGAAGGCACAGAGCAAAUCCGCCGCGCACCAGGCGCAGAAAGCCUCGGCCCUCGCUUCGAUCCGCGAGUCCUUCAACCCCUUCGAGUUCAAGCACCUCUCGCGGCCGCAGAAAUUCGAAUAUGCAACCACAAAUGCCAAGCCAAAAGUCCUCGGCCGGCCCGGCGUCACCAAGAGCGCGGGCGAGGAGACGCGCCGCAAGACGCUGCUACCGGAGAUGAACCGCAAGAACAAAACGGGCGGGAUUCUCGAUCGCCGGAUCGGCGAGAAUGAUCCCACCAUGUCGCUCGACGACCGCAUGAUGGCGCGGUUCGAGCGCGAGCAGCAGCGCAAGCGCGGCGGGAACGUGUUUGAUCUUGAAGACGGCGAGGGCGAGGUCGAGCUUACGCACGGUGGCCAGACGCUCAAGUUCGACGACGAGAUUGGCGACGAGGACUACGAUGCUGCGAGCGUCAGUGGCAGCGACAGUGAGGGCGAAGAUGGAUUUUUGAGGAAGAAGAGGAGGAGGGAGGACGGCGAGGAGGGAGUCGCCGAAGAAGACGGCGCAGAGGAUAUGCCUGAGCGCAAGAAGAGCAAGGCCGAGGUCAUGAAGGAGGUCAUUGCCAAGAGCAAGCUGCACAAGUACGAGCGACAGCAAGCCAAAGAGGACGACGAGGAGUUGAGGGAAGAGCUGGACAAGGAUCUGAACGAUGUCCUCGCCGCGCUGAGGGGCCACAUCAACAAGAAGCCAGAGCCUGAGAAGGUCAAGGAGGUCGCGCAGAACGACUUCGGCAUGAACGCCGACCGCGCUGCGCUGCUGGCCAACAUGUCGCAGGCCGGCAAGGACAAGGAGUACGAUCGCCGCGUGCGCGAGAUGCUGCACGACGAGCGGUCGAAGCCUACCGAGCGCACAAAGACGGCUGAGGAGAAGGCCAAGGAGGAAGCCGAUCGCUUGAAGGAGCUCGAGGAGAAGCGUCAGAAGCGUAUGAGGGGCGAGCCCACCAGUGAUGAUGAAGAGCCCGCCAAGAAGCAGCAGGAUGAAGACGACGACGAGGACAUGUCCGACAUCAACGAUGACGCCGCCGAGUUCGGCCUUGCUGCGCCGCCAGCACCAGGGCAGAGCAGGCCUGUUGGUGUUGACGACGAAGACGACUUCAUACUGGACGACGAUCUCGUCGCUACUGACUCGGAGGCCGACAUUUCAGACGAGGAGUCUGAGAGCGGCGCUGAGGUCGACGACACAAUGGCUAUGGACGAGGACGACGCCGACUUCCUGAAAGACGUAGUCGAGCAGCCCAAAGCCCAGUCCAAGGCUGUAAAGGGCGUUCUUACCAUCGGCGCCGACACUACAUCCUCCAAACUCGCAUACACAUAUCCGUGUCCGCGCUCGCACGAGGAGCUUCUCGAGGUCUUCAAGAAGGUUGCGCCGGGCGACAUCUCCACGGUCAUCCAGAGGAUACGAGCGCUGUACCAUGCUGGUCUGAAGGAGGACAACAAGAACAAGCUCGCCGACUUUGCCUGUGCGCUGGUCGACCACGUCGCGUACCUGUCAAACCAGACGCCCGCAGCACCACUGGCAGUCACUGAGUCUAUCAUCCGCCACAUCCACUCCAUCUCGCGCUCGUAUCCCGUGCAGAUUGCCACGCAGUUCCGCAAGCACCUCAAAGCGUUCCAGCUCUCCAACCAGCCCACACCAGGCGACCUGGCGCUGCUGACGGCCAUCGGCUCCAUCUACCCAACCUCGGACCACUUCCACCAGGUCGUCACCCCCGCCGUGACCCUGAUGGCGCGGUGGAUGGGCUUGACCACGCCGUCAUCUACCGGUGAUGUCGCAACCGGAGCCUUCAUCGGCGCGUUGUGCUUGCAGUACCAAACGCUGUCCAAGCGCUACAUUCCCGAACUCAUUCGCUACACAUCGCUCUGCCUGCGCUCCCCGCACGCAACCAAAGCGCUACUGAGCAGCCACACGCGCAACAUCCUCAGCGCAGCCGACAUCUGGAGCGGCUCGCCUUCCUUUGUGGAGAUCUUCAACCCCUUGCUCCCUGCCCUGCGUAGCGCCCACCUAACCUCCGCCACGCAGAACCUGCUCACGCGCCUCAACGCAGCCAAACUAGCUCGCCGCCCGCAGACGCUGCACUUCCACCGCCCGCUGCCGAUCCCGAGCCGCAUCCCCAAGUUCGAGGAGUCCUUCGACCCCACGAAGCACUACGACGCGGACCGCGAGCGCGCUGACGGCGCGAAACUGCAGAAGGAGUACAAGCGCGAGCGCAAAGGUGCCAUGCGCGAGCUGCGCAAGGAUGCGAAUUUCAUUGCGAGAGAGACGCUGCGCGAGAAGAAGGAGAAGGACAAGGCGUACGAGGAGAAGUACAGGAAGCUGGUGGCUGAGAUCCAGGGCGAGGAGGGGUAUGAGAAGAAUGUGUAUGAGCGGGAGAAGCGGAAGAGGAAGGGCAACUGA